ACUAGACGUCACUAAGAGCUCCCAUAAAGCACCCUUUAAAAACUAAAAUCAAAUUACAACACCACAGCAGAGGGAGAGAAUAUCUACACAGCACAGCUUCUCUCAUUGACUGUUCUGCUGCACCCAAUCAUGUCCUCAGUGUCACUCAGCUCUCAGCUGGACAAGGUUCAGCUGCAGCGCUACCUCGCCCUGCCCCAGGGUGGCCUGUGUCUGGUGACCUAUGUCUGGAUUGAUCACACCGGAGAGCGUCUGUGCUGCAAGAAUCGAACACUGGAUCGUGAGCCCAGCAGCAUUGAGGAUAUCCCAGAGUGGAAUUUCGGCUCCACCACAUACCAACCAGAGGGCUACAAAGGUGACAUGUACCUGAUCCCUGUGCGGAUGUUCCGGGACCCCUUCACCCAUGACCCCAACAAGCUGGUCCUCUGUGAGGUGCUCAACUGCUAUCGCGAACCUGCAGAGCAAAACACACGAUUCACCUGCAAUAAAGCGAUGGAGGCAGCACAGCAUUUUCAGCCUUGGUUUGGGAUGGAACAAGAGUACGUCCUGCAAGGCAUGGAUGGACACCCCUACAGCUGGCCCCAGGGGGGGUUCCCAGGACCCCAGGGCCCAUACUUCUGCGGAGUGGGCGCGGGCAGGUCGUUUGGCCGAGACAUCGUGGACAGUCACUACAAGGCCUGCGUAUACGCUGGAGUGAAGAUCUUUGGUACCAACGCAGAAUGCAUGCCCUCUCAGUGGGAGUUCCAGGUGGGCACGUGUGAAGGUAUAGAGAUGCCGGACCACUUGUGGAUGGCUCGCUUCCUGCUGCACCGCGUGUGUGAAGACUUUGGGGUGAUCGCAAACCUGGACCCCAAACCCGUGCAGGGAGACUGGAGUGGGUCUGGUUGCCAUACCAACUUCAGUACAGAGGCCAUGAGACAAGAGGGAGGGAUGAAACACAUAGAAGACGCCAUUGAGAAGCUGAAAAGGCGCCACGCCCACCACAUCCGCUGCUAUGACAUGCACGGCGGCAAGGACAACAAGCGCAGGCUGACAGGCGUCCACGAGACCCCCAGCAUCGACCAAUUCUCCGCAGGCACCGCCGACCGGGCUGCCUGCAUCCGUAUCCCACGUCGCGUGGGCAUGGAUGGCCAGGGUUAUUUUGAGGACCGCCGCCCAGCUGCCAACUGCGACCCCUACAUGGUGACAGAGGCCAUUGUCCGUACCUGUCUGCUGGGGGAGACUGACAGUGACUGAGGCUCUGCGGGGGUGGUGGGACUGUGGCCAGUGACAGUGUGACAGUGCCACAGAUUCUUUAGACUCACAGAUUAUGUCAUAGGAGGCACUAUGAGGCUGUUUGUUUUGGUGUUGCAUUGCUGGUGGCCAUUAGCUUGGCAUAUAUGUUAUUCUGGCUACAUCUGGUCUUUAGCUACCAACCUUCCAGAUCGAAGUUAUGUUCCUGAGACACAAGGCAACAGGCUGCCCUAUUAUGACAUUUUUCACAGAAGCGGAUGAAGUAGCAGGAUUAUUGUGAUGAAAUAUGCUACAAAAUAAUGUUCUGAUCAAAAUAAAUUCUUGCCCUCCAGGUUUUUGUUUUAAUGUACCCAGGUUGAGCAAGCUAGCUCGACCAUGACAUCUUGUUUUGGACUUUUCACUCAAAUAAAGCUUUCUCUUGCAAUGCUA